UCAUUUCCGAGUUCUAUAAAUAGUAAGCCACGAUGUGUUUUGGACAGAAAACCACGCUCUUUGUUGCUUUUCGGCGGUCAGAAUCGGGAAGCUUUUCGUACUCAAAUCUAACCCGUCGAUUUGAAGAGAUGAGCAGAAAGACGCUGUUGAACGGCAGUAAGGAGGAGAUGGGGAAGAAGGAGAUCGCAGCUAUUUUACUUUCCGAUUGGAUGCCGUACCUGUGCGAAGGGAUGUGUGGAAGAUGCAGUGAUAGUUUGCAGAUUCGUCUUCAAAAUCUCGCUUCUUCUGGAAAAAUCAAUGAACUGGAAUUAUCAAAUGAUAAUGCUGAGAGUUCAGCAGAUUUUUGUUCCGUAGACUCGGACUGGUCUUCUCCUGAUAAAAGAUCCAUUUCAUCAACUAAUGGUUAUAAGGUGAACUCCCAAGGAAGCUCAACAAGAACUCCAAAUUCUGACUUGUCUACAAGGUGGAGGCAUACCCGCAAUUUCUCACCUGCUGCAAGCAGCCAAUAUUCGGUUUCUGAACAAUAUCUUGGAGAUGAUUUCAGUGAGGGAUCAUCAGCAGACAGUCGAUUAGCUCAUGAUUUGGAAGUGCAAAAUGGAUCCAGUUUGACAAGAGAAGAGAGGGAACAGAUUCGUUUUUCACUAGUUGAAAGGAAAAAGGAUUUUAUUUUCAUUGAGAGGAUAAAUGGGAAGCCAGUUAACACUCUGCAGGGGCUUGAGCUUCACACCCGCGUUUUUAGCGAAGUUGAACAAAAGAAGAUUGUCAAUUAUGUUUACAACCUUCAGCAGAUGGGGCGGGAGGGGCAGCUUCGAGUGCGCACAUAUUCAGAACCAAGGAAAUGGAUGCGCGGUAAAGGACGUGUAACUAUUCAGUUCGGCUGCUGUUACAACUAUGCAGUGGAUAAAAAUGGGAAUCCCCCAGGCAUUAUUCGAGAUGAAGAUGUGGAUCCUAUUCCGCCCUUGUUCAAAAUGAUCAUCAAGAGAUUGGUCAGGUGGCAUGUCCUCCCUCCCACAUGUGUUCCCAACAGCUGCAUCGUCAACAUCUACGAUGAAGGAGACUGCAUCCCUCCUCAUAUUGACCACCAUGAUUUCGUCCGGCCUUUCUGCACUGUCUCAUUCUUGACCCAGUGCAAUAUACUGUUUGGUUCUAACCUGAAAAUAGCAGGUCCCGGAGAAUUCUCAGGUCCUGUUUCGAUACCUCUGCCUGUCGGAUCAGUGCUCAUCUUAAGCGGGAAUGGUGCAGACGUCGCUAAACACUGCGUGCCGGCUGUCCCUAGCAAGAGGAUUUCAAUAACUUUUAGAAAGAUGGACGAUAGCAAGCUUCCAUACAGGUUUAGGCCCGACCCUGAGUUGCAAGGCCUUCAGCCUCUUGUGCCUACGACUGUCAACAAGUCACUUAAUCAGCAAGUGGCCCAAAUUUCACCGCCCCAGCAUCGCAGCAAUCAACGGCCCAGCAAUGAUACAAGCAUUAGCCUUGGGCAAGAUGAUUUUCCCCCACUUGGCGCAUUGAGUCUUGGGAGCAAGACGAGGGCCAAACAGGAGCGAUGAAAGCAUUAAGUGUUAUUGUUGUUUGUUACGGCUGGAAGCCUUUUUUUGUCUUUUUUUUGCUUUUUUUCUUUUUCUAUUCUGGUUUAAGUUUUAAUGAGAUUUUGGGUAGUGUUAUUCUGUAGAGUUGUCAUGUAUACUAACACAUUCAUUAUUCAAUUUUGCUGAUAUAUUUCAGUCUAUUAUGAUUGAUGGA